CAGUAGUCAUCAUAGUACGAGAGUAGGGCACGACACGACACGAUCCGAUCGAGAGUCCUAUAAGAUCACGUCCGAGGAUCCACUCGCCGAUUUUCUCUCCAUGCCCACGAACGAUAUCCGGUAAUUUUCUCUAACUCUUCCUCAAUAUCGAUCCCAAUUUUUUCUCCAUUUUCAGAAAACACCGGCGUCGGCGCGGCGUCAGGCCAGCCUUAAUUUCCCAAUAUAAAUCCAAACCCUAGCCAACAUCAAUGACUACCUUUUCAAAACCCACUAUCUCUGCUGCUUCUGCUUCUACUUCUACUACCACUUCUUCUAGUAAUCUUAUUAGGGCUGGUCCCGGGGGCGCCACCGCCUCCCAAGCUUGCGCCGCCUGCAAGCACCAGAGGCGGCGGUGCGGCCCGGAGUGUCUGCUGGCGCCCUAUUUUCCUGCACAUCAGCAGAAACAGUUUCUCAACGUGCACAGGCUGUUUGGGGUCAGCAACGUGACGAAGGUGAUCAAGUCUUUGCAACAGAAGCCGCUCGAGCAGAAAAACGCCGUGAACUCCAUGAUUUUUCAGGCAAACGUGCGAGCCAGCGAUCCUGCCGGCGGGUGUUACCGGAUAAUUCAGGAUCUGAAGCGCCAGAUCGAGCGCAGCGAGGCCGAACUCAUUGCAGUGCUUCGUCAGUUGUCGAUUUACCAGCAGCAGGAACAGCGACAGGUGCUAAACCCUAUUGAGUUUUAUGUUGAAGGGAGUGAUGCAAUGAAGGGGGGCGUGGAAGCUUUGUCUUCGUUGACGCCCGGGAUCAAUGAAUUGGAAGAUAUCAAGCCCCUAGUUGGAAUGUUUGAUGAGAAAUUACUGGUUCCAUUCGAUCCUAGUAGCCAAACUGAGCUGAAGGAUCACGUAAUUGAUUUUUGAAUUGUAUACAAGAAGAAGCAGCGCUUCUCCAUUCUUGAUUCAGUGCAAGCUUGAAGUUUCCCCUUGAAAUGAUUGAGUGGAGAGGAUAUGUUGAAAUGUUUCUUCGAUCUUCGCUUCUUUAAUUGAUAAGAUACAUGAUAUAUAAUUCUUCCUGAUGUUUGUUCAACUUGUAUCAAUUCUGAAAGCUGUAACAGUUUGCUUAUCUUUGUUAUUUGAAUGAAAGCUGUAACAGUUCGUUUAUCUUAGUUAUUUGAAUAUUGA